AACAGAGGCUGGUAUAAAUGCGCAAGGUUGUCAAACAGUAAAGUUUCCUCUGGGUGUUUCAUAUGCACUUCGUUGGUUGUUGAAACGGAGGCCCACUUCUACGAUAAAUGUAUAUGAAUAAAAUUUAACAAAACAAAAGACAUUAGCACUGUCUGUAAGCAGCUAAUUUCCAAAGCCAUAUACCUUGCCAUUUCACUUACACUUACGGGAAUUAAAAGCGCAGGAACAGAACACAAGCUGGGCAUCAACCUUUUCGAGGAAGGGAGCAAUGAACAUUUGACAACAUUGGGAGGCUUAACUGAUAGCGACGCUCAGCUGACAGCAGCUGCCACACUACUUCCAACAGGUCGCCACCUGACUGACACAGCCAUGCACCUGGAGGUGAAAGUAGCCCUGAACUUCAUAGUGUCUUACCUGUACAACAAACUUCCCCGGCGCCGCGCAGACCUGUUUGGGGAGGAGCUGGAACGGCUUCUGGUGUCUCGCUUCGAGGGCCACUGGUACCCUGAGACCCCUCUGCGGGGGUCCGCUUUCCGCUGCCUGCACCUGGGGGCCCCUCCAGACCCCGUGGUGGAGUUGGCCGCUCGGCGAAGCGGCCUGGACACAGAAGAAGUGCGAGCCAAUGUACCUCCAGAGCUGAGCGUGUGGAUCGACCCCUAUGAGGUAUCCUACCAAAUCGGGGAGAAGGGGGCGGUGAAGGUGCUGUAUCUUGAGGAUCCCCCCAGCCUGGGUAGGGAAGGAGAGCGCCCAGAGGGGGUUAAUGGGGGGAGCAAAGGGGAACUGGAAGUGGAGGAGGGCAAGAGUUUGGGGUUCAACCCAGAGGCUCAGGUUUUUGUGCCAGUUGGUGGGCAGGUGUCUCCCGUCCUGCCCUCCCUGUCCAGCUCCCCCACGCCCCUCUCUGCCACAUCUUGCCCAGGCUUAUUUGGGUACCCAGCCCCUAGCACCCCGAACAGUCUGACUGCCCACUCCUCCAACACCUCGACGCCCCCACCCCCGAGCUCUGGCCUCUCUUACCUGCCUCCUCAGCAGCAGCCUCCGGCUCCCCCCAACCCACGCCCACCCCCCCAGCCCAUCACCUUCACUACCGCCACUUUCGCCGCCACUAAAUUUGGCUCCACUAAGAUGAAGAAAUGCGGUAGUUCAGGAUCAGCGGGGGGGUCGGGAGUCGGGGUUCCCCCCCAGCCUAGAAUGCUAUCCCGCUCGCCCACCACCAUUUCCCCCCCAGGGCUGCUGAAGCACAAGGCCCUCUCUCUCUCCCUUCACUCUUUGGGAGGUCAGGUCCCGAGCCAGCUCUCCCCCAAUGCCAAAGAGUUUGUCUACCCUGCCUCCCCCAGCGCCCUCUACUUCGAUACGGAUGCCCCCGCCUUGCCCCCACAUGCCAGCGCCUUCCAGCCCCCCCACCCUCACCCUGCCCACCCCCACUCCCACCCGACCUUCGACCCUUUCUCCAGCCCCCCGCCGGGCCCCGCCGUGGGGAUCAUUGAUGGCAGCGGUGGGAUUUCCUACCUGGAGAAGCCCCCGUUUGUGGAGGGGCUGGGGGGGUACAACCUGCAGUACCCUAGCCAGGCCUUCCAGCCUGUGGUGUUGGCCAACUAAGGCCUGCAUUUGUCAGCUCAACAUGUUUAUUUGGGUGAUGGACUAAUUCUGGCUCAUUUACUCAUAAAGACUGCUUUUUUGUUUGUUUUUUUUUUUGUAACCUUCUUCUUACUAAUAUUACAGCUUAGAAAUAAUAUAAAACGACCACCACCAUCAUAUGUUGUGAAAAUCGCUGUUUAUGUUAAUGUUCUUGUACUAAUUUUUGGAAGGAUUUUUAGUUUCUGUUUCGCCUGGGGAGUAACCAGUCUCCUGCUGCACAGAACGUUUUUUGCAUUGAAUGUUAAACUGUUUAAAUGUUGAACUUUGAUAGUAUAUAACCCCCUUGGGGGUUUUUUUUGAUGCUCGACCUUGUGCAUUUCCCCUGGGCAAAACAGUGUGAAGCACUCUAGCUCUCACUGUUGUAUAAUGCUGUGAAAUAAGACCCAGGGCCUGCAGGCCCACAGACUGGUUGUGUGGGUCUGAGGCGAUGGGUACAGCUGCUAGCGGCUAGCGGCGCUCUCUUCUCGACUAGCAUGAAAUUGCGGCGGACCUGCCACGACCCUGUGAAGCGGGCGGUGACACUCCAGUGUUCUUUGCUUUGUCGUGUGGCUUAUUUACACUUUACGGAAACUUGGCAUUUUUUAAGCGCAACACAAAUACGUGGCUUUGAACUGCAGUCAGAGAACAGUGGAUGUCCAUGGUCCUCCACUGCAGUGUCAGGAGGGACUUGAGCAACACCUCUUUUAUAUACGUGAAAAAUCUGCUCUGACAUUUUGUAUGAAAUGAAGACAGAGUAAGGGGAAAUUUAGUCGCAGGGAUUUACAGAGGGCAAAGAGGGCAAGUAGGACAGAAUGGUGAGGGGGGUGGUGGGGGGGGGGGUAGGGUGGGAGGUAGGCUAACACUAACACUGUAUUGUGGGCUGGAGAAUUAAUGAGCUAGAGCUGAAAUGGAGGAAGUGUGACAAGAUGGUCUUACAGUGGGAAAGCUGGACACACACACACAAGCGCGCACACACACACGAUUGCAUGCAAAAGUGUCUGAAGUUAAGAGCCUGGGGAUGGAUGGAUGGGUAUUGGGCACAGUUGACCAGUGACCAGUGGUGAUUGUGAUAAAUGGCUUUGCAUGACAUUGACAGUUAAGGAGAGAUCUUAAUAAAUGAGGAGUGUAGGAGGAGGAGGAGGAGAAAGAUGGAGGGAGAUUGAUGAGGAGGACAGGGAGGAGAUCUAUGGGAAUUACAGUGCGUGGACUGAGGGCUUAAAACCCAGAACGCGUUUCUGCAGAGCUUCAGUACUGUUGUAAACUAGGAUUCUCCCUCUCCCUCUCUUUCCUGUUUUAGUUCUCUGGUCUUGUGAUUAUGUUCUCUGACAGUUGCUGCUUGAAUCCUGAAAACCACGGGGGGGAGAGGGUGGCGGGGUGGGGGAUGUGAUGAAUCGUUGUGAUGUUAUAUUUUCCUAUUUUGUGUUUAAUUUGAUGUCGGGACUGUGAAUGUUUCCUGUGAUUUAUAUCCAGUCACUUUAUAUGAUACCUUUGCCAGACCACUUUGAUAGUUGGUGAAAAGGAGCCAUGUCCCCAUUGGGCGAUGGUACAGAACCAGGGCAGAGGCAGCCCAAAUGCCCCCACCUCAUUCAGAUCCACACAGCACUUUAUUCACAAACGGCUGCUGCUGCUGCACACUUCUCCUGCACCGAGAGCGAUCGCAUCCCUUCGGCGACCGGUCAUUUUCACAUCGCCUGCCGCAGGCGUCUCUAGAGUACAGGAAUGUAUAUGGAAUGGAUUUUAACAUGAUGAUAAUAAUAAUAAUAGUAAUAAUAAACAUGUUGUCGUAACGUGGAGAGGGCUGAAAGGCCGGUGAUGAUCUGUGGAGCUGUCUCUGGAGAGAAAUGUCUUGUAAUAGGGAGGAAUGGAAGGGGUGAGGAUGACCCUUCUCUGAGCUGAAUGUUUUCUAAAUUGUGCCCAUAAACCUGCGUGUAUAAGCUAAAAACAUACAGGACCCUUGACUUGUGCUCAUACUGGUUUUGCUAAACGACUGUCAGUCUCUUGCAGUUUGUUUUUAUUUUAUUUCAGGUUUUUGUGUUAGUUUUUUUUGGUGGGGCAGGGAGUUUUGGAUGGAUUAGAGGGCUGCAUUUCUGUACAGAUGUGGGGGGGGGAGGGGGGGUUGAUGCAUUUUUACAUUUAUUUGUAAUUUAUUUACAAUUUUUCUAUUUUUCCUGUGUGUUUUUCAAAGAAUUAUCUAGAACGUUUGUAAAGGUAAGAGAUAUAUACUAUACCAGUAUAAAUAUGUAUAUAUUUCUUACAUUAUUAAGAAUUUUUUUUCAUUGUUUAGUUUCUUACGUGCUGAAGUUAUUUUUUCAAAAAAUAUAUAAAUAUAUAUGCAAGAUGAAACAUGAAAAAUUUAAAAGUAUAUAAAAUAAAAGUAUUGAAUGUGUAUCGUACCUUGUACAGAAAUUGUUCAAUAAAAGACGGGUAAAUGUAGUCUGUAAAGUUGUUUCUUGUUGAGUUUAAAGACACGGAUGUUUACAAAGACGAAACCUCCAUAAGUGGAGUGUCCGGAUGUCUUUGUGUCCCAGGCAGUCUGAAUACCUGACUUACCGCCUUUUUCACCACCUUUGGUUUUUUUGUUUGCUUUUUUUUGUCCGUUGUUAAAGCCAAAAAAAGGAGCACGUGACUCCCCCGUUCCCUGUACUGACUGUCUUCUCUCUGUUCGUCUGUGUGACCAGGCCACUCCUUUCUCCCACUUCCCUGCGUACUGUCGGCGUCUCUCUCCUCCGGAGAGAGUUCAGUCUUGCCCUCCAUCUCCGUUCUGUAUCCCUGCACCCCUUCCGUAGUUCCGCCUCGCAGAGCUCGCCUCUGUGCUGCCGUCGAACCCACAUCGGCAUUGAGAGCGCCACGGAAUUCUCGUCCCAGCGGAAUUCCAUAAUCAUUUCAUUUCACGCCUCGGAGCUUCUGCGUUCACCCCCUCCCUCCCCCCCUCCCUCCCCCCACUCCAAACACGCACACACACACACACACACACAGCCAUGCUGUACCUGUUCCUGGGCUAGAGUGCUCCUGAUCCAGAGUGGGUGUGUUCAGCUUGCGUGUCCCCCUGCAGAUUUUGGCCUGCCUCCCUGUGACAGGGCUGUUCUGCGCUUGCCCGUUUUCAGUGUGCCGUGAAAGUGGGGAGCUCGACCGAGACGUGGUCCGUAUUAGUCCACCUUGGUUAUAGAGAGAUCUAGAGAGGGCUACAUUGGGAGGUUACUGUGCUCAGUAAAACCAUUUGUGGUUCUUCUUACCGGUUACUUUGACUUUGAGAAGGCCAAAAUGUGUUCCUGGUCUCAUUGAUCAAACUCCCAGGCACUUCAUUGGGGGGGGGACUGAUCAUCCCAGUUAAUCAAAUUGAGAUCACAUUCCGUUUAUAAGGCUGGCACAGGAUGCAUAGUGUUGUUUGUGGCUAGCUGGAGAAGAAUCUUCAGUUGCUGCAAACCACAUUUGACAUGGGAUGGUGGAUACAAAAGACCUAUAGUAAAGAAAACUGUUGAUGGAAGCUGUGGUUUUUGGGCUUCACAAGCCUCCAUAGUUUUCUGUUGGAAAUUGGAAACACCUUUUCAUGCCAUCACAAAUUUAAGUUUUUUUUUUUUUAACAAAUAUUGAGGUUGUGGUGAGAGAUGGUAUGUUGUAUAUGACCUAUAUUUGCUUUGAAUGAAGGACUUUGUACCACCAGUGUUGACUGUAACAGAGUAAAUGUGUGUUUUUUUUUCUUCGUAUCUCAUAUCUUGAGCUUAUUUUCUUGUAUUUUGGUUUGCUAUCUGGAACAAUUUUGUUGAAAAAGAUUAAUUUUAUAUGGAAAAUAUAACAUUUAAGAAAAAUAGCUAUAAUGAAAGAUGUAUUCAAAUAGUGUUUUCUUUUUUGCCUGUAUUUUAUUAUAAUUUCCCUAUUUUGUAUCUGAUCUGUAACACCCUGUAGGAUGACAUGGACCUUUCCCAAGCAAAAUGCAAUGACCUGUUUUCUGUGUUCCCUCCCAAGGGACAAACUACUGCAGUUUCUUAUUGUAUCGGAUUCUUUUUUUAAGUUUGUAAUAAAAAAAUGAUGACAAAAAUAAGCAUGAAAAAUAA